AUGCCAACUUCUUUGACCAAGGAAAGCGAUGUCGAUGUUCUGGUCGUCGGCGCAGGUCCCGCGGGACUGAUGUGUGCGAUGGCUCUUGCCCGAGCCGGUGUAAACGUCCGCAUCAUUGACCAACGUCCGGCGAAAGUUGGUGCAGGGCAAGCAGACGGUAUCCAGCCAAGGAUUGUUGAGGUCUUCCAGAGUUACGGCUUUGCUGAUCGUCUGUUCAAAGAAGCGGUUCAAGUGCAUAUGGCGGCAUUCUAUAAUCCCGGUCCCAAUGGCGGUAUCGUACGCACAGGUCGUGCGCCCGAUGUCACUGCCCCUACAGCACGAUGGGCGUUUGAGAUGGCGUUGCAUCAAGGGGGCAUAGAACAGAUCUUCUUGGACUCCAUGGCUUCGAACGGCGUAGAGGUAGAACGGCCGGUCACGCCAACAGCGAUUGAGCUAUCUCAAGAUGAAUCGGUUUUAAAAGACCCGAAGUCGCACCCGGUCAAGGUGGUCCUUCACAACCUAGGAGUCCCUGAAGGUUCGCUUGACACAGAGAUUGUACACGCGAAGUUCCUGAUUGGCUGUGAUGGUGCGCACUCUUGGGUGCGUAGACAGUUUGGCAUCGUCAUGGAGGGCGAACAGACAGAUUAUAUCUGGGGGGUCCUCGACCUAAUCCCUGACACGGAUUUCCCCGACAUUCGCAACCGAUGUGCCGUACACUCACAUAACGGCUCGUGUAUGAUCAUCCCACGUGAAGGUGACUUGGUUCGCCUGUACGUCCAACUCGCCGACAAGGACGUCCUCGACGGCAAAGGCAGAGUGGAUAAGUCGAAAGUGGGACCGGAGACGAUCAUGGAAGUCGCGAACAAGUCACUUUAUCCGUAUAAGAUGUCGACCUCUCAUCCAAUCGACUGGUGGACCCUGUACAUCAUUGGCCAACGUGUUUCCAACAAGUACUCCGUUCACGAGCGUGUUCUCAUCGCUGGCGAUGCUUGCCACACGCAUUCCCCUAAAGCUGGUCAGGGUAUGAACGCUAGCAUGAAUGAUACCCACAACCUCGCCUGGAAACUUACCCAUGUUCUCCGUGGUUGGGCGGAUAUAUCCCUUCUCAAGACUUAUGAAUUCGAGCGCCGGAAAUAUGCUCAGGAUUUGAUCAACUUCGACAAGAAGUUCGCCGCACUCUUCUCUGGUAAGCCGCGCACCGACGAUAGCGACGAUGGAGUAUCUCAUGAGGAGGCCUUCCAGACCUUUGGCCUCUUUACAAGUGGUAUCGGCGUGCACUACCAGCCAUCUGCAAUCGUCGACGACAGACAUCAAUCCUAUGCGAGCAAAAUCUUGAUCGGUCAGCGGAUACCGCCGCACAUUUUUAUUCGAGCAGCAGACUCGCAGCCAAUCCAGCUUCAGGACCUGUGUCCAUCUGACACUCGCUUCAAGGUCCUCGUCUUCACGGGCGACACCACUAAUCAACUGCAGUUGAAGUCCGUCAAGACGCUGGCAGAAGAGAUGCAGAAGCCGGAGCAUUUCUAUCAGAGAUUCGGGCAUGGUAACAGCAGUGCGGUGUUCGAGGUGCUCGCGAUCAGCUCGGCGACAAGAUGGUCUCGAACUACACCGAUGUACCUCCCUUCUUCAGAUCUCACUGGUCGAAACGAUGAAGACAUGUACAAGCGUGCCGGUGGGGGUGGCUACGAGGCGUUUGGCGUCGAUGUCCACGGGGCUAUCGUGGUCGUCCGUCCUGACGGGUACGUGGGUACGGUGGCGCCUCUUGGGAACCUCGAAUACCUGGACGACUUUUUGCCUCCUUCAUGGCGUCGGUCCCCUAAUCAGCGUUUCAUCGGGCUGAUUACACUUCGUCUCAUAACCGUGCAACAUAGAGACUCCCCUUCUCGCUAUACAACGAUACGGAAUGCAUGUGAUACAUAG